AUGAGGUGGAGGAAAAGGAGUGAGAGAAAUUACAGUUCCUCUUCUGAAUCUGAAUUAAUAGGAGGUAAGACAAACAGAGUGGAAGGUGCAGAGCUCAGAGUUGGGGGAGUCAGAGUAAAUGGAGCAGAGGAACGGGCUGUGAGAAACAAAGUGGAAAGUACAGAGGACAGGUUUGGGGGAGCCAGAGUGGAAGGUGCAGAGGACAGGGUUGGUGGAGCCAGAGUGGAAGGUGCAGAGGACAGGGUUGGGGCAGCCAGAGUGGAAGGUGCAGAGGACAGGGUUGGGGGAGCCAGAGUGGAAGGUGCAGAGGAAAGGGUUGGGGCAGCCAGAGUGGAAGGUGCAGAGGACAGGGUUGGUGGAGCCAGAGUGGAAGGUGCAGAGGACAGGGUUGGGGCAGCCAGAGUGGAAGGUGCAGAGGACAGGGUUGGGGGAGCCAGAGUGGAAGGUGCAGAGGAAAGGGUUGGGGGAGCCAGAGUGGAAGGUGCAGAGGAAAGGGUUGGGGCAGCCAGAGUGGAAGGUGCAGAGGACAGGGUUGGGGCAGCCAGAGUGGAAGGUGCAGAGGACAGGGUUGGUGGAGCCAGAGUGGAAGGUGCAGAGGACAGGUUUGGGGCAGCCAGAGUGGAAGGUGCAGAGGACAGGGUUGGGGGAGCCAGAGUGGAAGGUGCAGAGGACAGGUUUGGGGCAGCCAGAGUGGAAGGUGCAGAGGACAGGGUUGGGGGAGCCAGAGUGGAAGGUGCAGAGGACAGGGUUGGGGGAGCCAGAGUGGAAGGUGCAGAGGACAGGGUUGGGGGAGCCAGAGUGGAAGGUGCAGAGGACAGGGUUGGGGGAGCCAGAGUGGAAGGUGCAGAGGACAGGGUUGGGGGAGCCAGAGUGGAAGGUGCAGAGGACAGGGUUGGGGGAGCCAGAGUGGAAGGUGCAGAGGACAGGUUUGGGGCAGCCAGAGUGGAAGGUGCAGAGGACAGGGUUGGGGGAGCCAGAGUGGAAGGUGCAGAGGACAGGUUUGGGGCAGCCAGAGUGGAAGGUGCAGAGGACAGGGUUGGGGGAGCCAGAGUGGAAGGUGCAGAGGACAGGGUUGGUGGAGCCAGAGUGGAAGGUGCAGAGGAAAGGGUUGGGGCAGCCAGAGUGGAAGGUGCAGAGGACAGGGUUGGGGCAGCCAGAGUGGAAGGUGCAGAGGACAGGGUUGGUGGAGCCAGAGUGGAAGGUGCAGAGGACAGGGUUGGGGCAGCCAGAGUGGAAGGUGCAGAGGACAGGGUUGGGGGAGCCAGAGUGGAAGGUGCAGAGGACAGGGUUGGGGGAGCCAGAGUGGAAGGUGCAGAGGACAGGGUUGGGGGAGCCAGAGUGGAAGGUGCAGAGGACAGGGUUGGGGGAGCCAGAGUGGAAGGUGCAGAGGACAGGGUUGGGGGAGCCAGAGUGGAAGGUGCAGAGGACAGGGUUGGGGGAGCCAGAGUGGAAGGUGCAGAGGACAGGGUUGGGGGAGCCAGAGUGGAAGGUGCAGAGGACAGGUUUGGGGCAGCCAGAGUGGAAGGUGCAGAGGACAGGGUUGGGGGAGCCAGAGUGGAAGGUGCAGAGGACAGGGUUGGUGGAGCCAGAGUGGAAGGUGCAGAGGACAGGGUUGGGGGAGCCAGAGUGGAAGGUGCAGAGGACAGGGUUGGGGGAGCCAGAGUGGAAGGUGCAGAGGACAGGGUUGGGGGAGCCAGAGUGGAAGGUGCAGAGGACAGGGUUGGGGGAGCCAGAGUGGAAGGUGCAGAGGACAGGGUUGGGGGAGCCAGAGUGGAAGGUGCAGAGGACAGGGUUGGGGGAGCCAGAGUGGAAGGUGCAGAGGACAGGGUUGGGGGAGCCAGAGUGGAAGGUGCAGAGGACAGGGUUGGGGGAGCCAGAGUGGAAGGUGCAGAGGACAGGUUUGGGGCAGCCAGAGUGGAAGGUGCAGAGGACAGGGUUGGGGGAGCCAGAGUGGAAGGUGCAGAGGACAGGGUUGGUGGAGCCAGAGUGGAAGGUGCAGAGGACAGGGUUGGGGGAGCCAGAGUGGAAGGUGCAGAGGACAGGGUUGGGGGAGCCAGAGUGGAAGGUGCAGAGGACAGGUUUGGGGCAGCCAGAGUGGAAGGUGCAGAGGACAGGGUUGGGGGAGCCAGAGUGGAAGGUGCAGAGGACAGGUUUGGGGCAGCCAGAGUGGAAGGUGCAGAGGACAGGGUUGGGGCAGCCAGAGUGGAAGGUGCAGAGGACAGGGUUGGUGGAGCCAGAGUGGAAGGUGCAGAGGACAGGGUUGGGGGAGCCAGAGUGGAAGGUGCAGAGGACAGGGUUGGGGGAGCCAGAGUGGAAGGUGCAGAGGACAGGUUUGGGGCAGCCAGAGUGGAAGGUGCAGAGGACAGGGUUGGGGGAGCCAGAGUGGAAGGUGCAGAGGACAGGUUUGGGGCAGCCAGAGUGGAAGGUGCAGAGGACAGGGUUGGGGGAGCCAGAGUGGAAGGUGCAGAGGACAGGGUUGGGGGAGCCAGAGUGGAAGGUGCAGAGGACAGGUUUGGGGCAGCCAGAGUGGAAGGUGCAGAGGACAGGGUUGGGGGAGCCAGAGUGGAAGGUGCAGAGGACAGGGUUGGGGGAGCCAGAGUGGAAGGUGCAGAGGACAGGGUUGGGGGAGCCAGAGUGGAAGGUGCAGAGGACAGGGUUGGGGGAGCCAGAGUGGAAGGUGCAGAGGGCAGGGUUGGGGGAGACAGAGUGAAAGGUGCAGAGGACAGGGUUGGGGGAGACAGAAAGACGGUGUGUCAAAAAGAGAAAAAAUGGGGGAAGACGAGUGAACAGGGUGCAACGCAGGGGGAGGAGGAGAGGUUGAAGGAGGCGGAGGAGAGGUUGAAGUUGAAGAUGAAAAUGAAGAUGAAGAAGGAACAUCAGGAGGUGAAGUAUAGAGGAUAG